AUGAAGGACACCCACUGGGUAACGCUCUCGUUGGGGAUGGUCUCGCGCUUGCAGUUUUGUGUCGGCUGUGCCGAGGAUGGGCCUCCCAUGAAUGUGCCGUGGUACCCAGUCGUCUUGUCGCAGCAGAAGAACCCGACGACGUCGCAACAGGGCUUUCCUUCUGUGGAGUCUAAUAUGGUAGGCCUUUUCGAAGAUGACGAACCCACCGACCCCUUGACUUUGGAGUAUUUGGUGGUCCACAAAAUGAAUCUCAAGGUCUGUUCGGCCAAUGUCACCCGAUGGCGGUCGAGUCACCGGAAAUGGGCCCACACCUUGUCCCCGGACAUUCUUAUGAUCAUAGUGACUUUCCACGCCUCGCAGGGCUGUGGCUAUGUUAUUGUGGCUUUGCGUUCCAAAGGGGUAGAUUUCAAUUGGAUCUCCUUGUACCUGGAAAGUGGGACGGGCUUGGAUAGCCCAGUCAAUGAUCUUAUCCUGUCCAGCCUUACCCAACAUUUGUCCCUCCUUCAAGGCAUGUGGGUGGUUGGUGGGGACUUUAACGUUCUGAUCCAGGACUUCCUUAACUCCAGGUAUGAAGAAAGGUGGCAGGGCCGUGUGGUGGGCAGUGGGUCCCCCACGGCGGGAGGGGACUCCGAGAUUGACUUCUUCGUCGUCCAUCCCAGUCUUCACUCCCUGUCGACGGUCCGGCUGUCAUUUGACACUCCUUUCAAGCCUCACGGACUUCUAACCUUGGACGUGCCAGUGCACUCCCUUCAGUUGAGAGUCCCCACCAUCAGGUCGGUGGUGUCCCCGGCUCCCUCCUCCUUCCACGCAAGCUCCCCAGUCCAGCUGGUCCAGAUUUUGGAUGUGGCGUCCCAGGAGGAGUCCUCUAUUGCCUUGGGCCAAUGGUCCCGCGACCUCCAGUCGGAGGCCCAGGCCACCACAGGAAAGGGCUGGUGGGUCGACCUUCCCCGCAGGCCGUUGGCCUCGCACCCAGUUGGAGGAGGUGCCUGGACAGGAGGGCCUAUGGCUAUCUGGGAUAGAUGGCGCACCUGGCUUCAGACAGGGAUGGUCCCUAAAUCCUCCGAGGCCUUUGCCUCCAUCCCUCCGGACGACCCCCUUCUUCCCGUCCUAAAGGACUGGGUUCAUGCUGAUGACCGCAGCAGCCUCACUCGGGAGUUGGUGCCCCAGGUCGAGACAAAAUAUAAAGAAGCUUUGGCCUCCCAGACCUCCCAGAACUCCGAGUCUUACUCCAAGUGGCUGGAAGAGGCGCAAAAUGAUCACCUCCGCCCCCUUUACCGCUCCCUUCGGGCUGACGAGCAAACCUUGGAACGGCCGUAUCGGGAGUUCACUCCCCUGGGGGAAGUAUGGGAUGCCUUGUGUGACUUAGCCCGUGAGCAGGUCCAGAUUGUUCUUCUGGCCAAGAGUGCCUUGAAGGAAAGACCUAUCGGUCUUACAUCAGUCCUAUGGCGGCUUUGGUGUAAGUCUCGACGGUUCUUGGUCGGCCAGUGGCUGGACUCUUACAUUCCUGAUCACCCUUUUGACUCGGCGAUUCCAGGCCGUACCUCGUUAGACGUUGCCCUGGCCAGGCAAUGCUCCAACGAGUCUGCCAGAGUCAAGGGCUUGCACACUGUCUCGUUGUUCGUAGACAUUAAUGGGUUUUACGACAGUGUUUCUUGGCGGAGGCUUUGCGAACAAGGCUUGCGGUUGUCUUUCCCAGCCUUGGCCCUGUGCCUCUCCCUUCGCCUCUACCAAGGUGGUCGCACGGUGGUGGGGGAAUCCCAGCCUAGUCCAACCAUCUUCCCAGGCAGGGGCAUGAUCCAGGGAUGCCCGUACGCUCCCACCUAG